UUGCCGCAGUUAAGCGGGGUGAUUCCAGCCGCGGCCGAAGCUGCUGGCCAGCUGAGCACCAGUGCCUGUCACCAGCUUUCUGAAUGCGCGCAGACACCUCGCGGGUCUGCGUGCGGGGGAGGGGGCGCGGUGCAGCUGGCUCAGGGUGAUUCAGUCACAGCGCGAGGAGCCGGGCUGCUCCGUGCCCCUCGUCCAGCCGCAGAGAAAGGCAGCGGAAGGCCCUCGCUUCUCCCCACUUACCGGGCUCCCUGCUUGGGCCGGCGGCGGCCCUGUGGCGAAGGGAGGCGGCAGGCGGGCGGGGGCCGCACGUGGCGGCGGGCCGGGCGCGCGCGGGGGCCGCGUGCGGCGGCGCGUGACGGGCGGGGCGGCGCCGCGGCCGCCUCCAAUAAAACGGCUCUGACCCUCCCUGCGCCUCCCUCGUCUCUGGGCUGGGCGGGCGCCUCACGCGGCCGCGGCGUGUGGGAGCGGGGCGGCCGCGUGCCGCGGCCCUUACGUAACGGGCGGCGCGGGGCGGCCGCGCGCGGGGGGCGGGGGCCGGGGGCUGCGGGCUGCGGGCUGCGGGCUGCGCUCCGCCUCGUCGCGGCCGGGGGAGCGGCGGGGCCUGCGGGCGGCCCGCUCGGAAACCGGCGCUGGCGCUGCCCGGCGGGCCCGCCGCCCGUCCCGGCCCGCCUCGGCCGGAGCAGAAGACUCAUGAGAUCCUCCCCCUGUGUGGAAAGUAGAAGGGUCUGAACUUGUUGCUGAGCCAGGCUAUGGUGUUCCGUGUCCCGGUGUUGUCAGAUUUUACUGACCGGAGAUGAACCUGAGCAAACUUCAAGGCAGCAGCUCGGAACACAGCGUGAAUUGGUCAGCAACUGCUACUGCUGGCACUGGAAAUGAGCAGGAGGAGGCCUUUAACCCUGCUGAUUUAGGGAAGCAGGAGGAUGGACAUCAGGAGGAUGCAAAGAUGUACUGCAAUACGUGUAUGGGAGCAAACUCCAGCAGGAAACAGUUGAACCGACCAAAAUCCAGUGGAACUGAUUUCUGCAGCCAUGAGCCAAAUGGCAGCUCAGCUGGAAGUUUCAGGAGGCAAAGCAAAGUUAACAGUGAACAGCUGAACUGGAGCCAGUCUCACAGAGAUAAGAUGAUGACGAUGAUCCAAGAAAUGAAAAGGUGUUUGCCUGAAGAAAAAAGGAGUUCCAGCAAGCCCAGUACUAUCAGUGCUCUCAACUAUGCCUUGCAGUGUGUCCAACAGGUCCAAGCAAACAGUGAAUUUUUCCAAGCUGCAAAUGACCGAAGAGUGUUUCAGACAGAUGUGAUCACGUACAGCAUAGACGAGCUGGUGGCAGUUGCAUCUGAACACACUCCAAAAAACACUGACACCUUUGUGGCUGUGUUUUCCUUGCUUUCUGGGCGAAUAGUGCAUAUUUCUGAUCAGGCAGCAUCCAUUCUAAACUGUAAGAAAAAAAUGUUGGAUUCUUCCCGGUUUGUAGAGCUGCUUGUCCCUCAGGAUGUUAGCGUGUUCUACACGCACACUGAUCAGUCCCACUUGCCACUUUGGAACAUAGAAAGUCAAACAGCUUCUCUGUAUGAAUAUGCCCAGGUGAAAUCCUUUUUCUGCAGGAUCAGGCCUGGUAAAGAUCAAGAACAAGAAAUGCGUUGUUACCCCUUCCGAAUCACCCCAUACUUGGUCCAUGUGUGCACUUCUGCCCACAUGGAUGCAGAAUCCUGCUGUUUAGCUUUGGCUGAGAAAAUUCACUCUGGAUAUGAAGCUCCUCGAAUUCCUAUGGAAAAAAGAAUCUUCACCACCACUCACACCCCAGGAUGUGUUUUUCUUGAGAUAGAUGACAGAGCAGUGCCUCUGUUGGGUUACUUACCUCAAGAUUUAAUUGGAACAUCCAUACUGAUGUAUUUGCACCCAGAAGAUCGUCCUUUGAUGAUUGCUGUUCACCAGAAAAUCCUGAAGUUUGCUGGCCAGCCCCCUUUUGAACAUUCACCUAUUAGAUUUUGUACUCAAAAUGGAGAUUAUGUCGUACUGGAUACCAGCUGGUCCAGUUUUGUGAAUCCGUGGAGCAGGAAAGUAGUGUUCAUCAUUGGCCGACACAAAGUCCGAACAAUUAGUACUGAAAUUCUGUUGACUUUCUGUAGAAGCCCUUUGAACGAAGAUGUUUUUGCUGCAAGAAGUAAAGAAAUGAGCAGUGUUGAGAAAGAGAUAAGAGAAUUGCAAGGACAAAUUUACAAGCUUCUCCUGCAGCCAGUUCAUAGCAGUGUUUCUAGUGGUUAUGGAAGCCUUGGUAGCAAUGGCUCUUAUGAACACUAUAUCAGCAUAGCAUCUUCAAGUGACUCCAAUGGGAAUUGUGCAGAGGAGAUACAAGAACCAAUGACAUUGCAGCAAGUAUGUGCAGAUGUCAACCGAAUAAAGAGUCUGGGACAACAACUGUAUAUUGCAUCAAAGAGCAAGCCACAGAAUGGAAAUGAACAAACUACAAGUUCAGAAAUGCUAGGAGGGAAAAGGCACACUGCUUCCUGUUUUCUCCAGGCAUUGAGAAGUGAUAGCACUGAAGAACCAGGCAAUGCAUUUUACGAUGAUUCAAAGAAGACUCCACAUGUUCCAUCGUAUCAGCAGAUCAAUUGCGUUGAUAGUAUCAUCAGAUAUCUAGAGAGCUGCAGUAUUCCAGCCUUGAAAAGGAAAUGUAAAUCUACAAAUUCAUCAUCAUCAUCUUCAGAAGAUGACAAGCAAGCCCAGCAAAGCCAGAAUGAAGUCAAGGCACUGGAAGUUAAUUCCCAGACUCCAAUAUCUGCUGACCUGGAAGAGACUUCGAAAGAGCAGGCGGCCGCAGGCACGGUGGGAACUCCUCUGUUGGACCUGACUCUGACCAGCAAGGCUCCAAGUGUGGUGUCUGUCACCAGCCAGUGCAGUUACAGCAGCACUAUAGUGCAUGUUCCACACCCUGAGUCAGAAGUGACUACAAUGGAGGAUGCCACUGUUGGAAGUGAACACAUUGAACUGCCUCCUGUGAAUGCUCAGAGUCUCGUUAUGGUUCCCGAGGAAUUAAAGCCAAUUGGGCUAACAAAAGAGACGUUGUCAGCCCAUACUCAGAAGGAGGAGCAGAACUACGUUGACAAGUUCCGCCAGAAGAUUUUGCUGUCUCCAUUUAGGACUUAUCUCCAACAGGGGAGCAGAAGUAACAAUGGACAUUCCUGUGGUCAAGGAGAUUCCCCUUCAAAGCAGAUGAGCCCAGCUAGCUGUAAAAAAGGCAAACACGGAAAAUUCAAGCGCCAGAAACCUCAGAGACAGUCCUCAGAUAGCCAUUCUUCUAGUAAAAAUAGAAAUAGUCUUCCAUGUGAGAAGAGAACAAUUCAGAAACGGUCGUUCUCUCCCUCAGAAGUGUCCUGUCUGAGCCUCUCCAGUACAAAUGCAUUUCCUCCUAUGGGAUUUCCUGUCUGUUCUGAUCCACUAGCCAGUUUUCCAGCCUUUUCUGUAGGAGAGGAGCUUUCCCUUCACUCACUAAAACCUGAGCCUAUGUCAUCAUCACAACUAUGCUGUGAAGCACAGUCAUUCCCAGCAUUUUCUGCCCCAAACGUGGGCACGUUUAUGGCUGUAUUUUUUCAUAGUUUCCCCAUGUAUACUCAGAUGCCUCAGUCUGGCUUUCUUCCUACCCCUCAAUAUGCUUAUUCCUCCUCUUCAUAUCCAUGCACUACACUACCUGCAGCUCCCUCUCCCUCUGCUCCAUCACCAGUAGCACUGAACUCUGUGCAUCAGCCCUUUCUAGCCUCUCCUACCAUGUCCACUGAAAAACAGCAAGAGGGCCACAGUGACCAGGCCCCACUGCUUAGUAGCUCACAGAGCAGCUCCCCACUUCAGCUGAAUUUGCUUCAAGAAGAGCUGCCAAAACCUACGGAGCUUCCCAUUAGAACCGAUGCUAAAGCACUUGUGGAGGCAAAAUGUGACAAUGAUCCAGAAGCUAGUGGUAACAAUGGUAGCCUCUGUCCUUCUAGUGAAUUCACUGACCUCUCGCUGCAUGAAGACUCACAGUCGGGUACUGGUUCAGCAGCAUCAGGCAGUGGAUCAGCUGUAUCUAGUUUUUUAGGCUCUGGUUCCAGUGAGACUUCUGGUUGUGGCACAGCAGGUAGCAGGAAAAGCAGCAAGUACUUUGCCGGUAAUGAUUCUUCUGAAGCUUCCAAAGAGGAGAAAAAUCAGGAAGCAGAAGAAAAAGGGACAUCUCAUAAAUCCAAGCAUGAAUCAGCCUGGGUGAUGAUGGAUAACAUACCUGAGCAGGUUCUGAUGACGUAUCAAAUGCCUAACAGAAUUAAAGAGGAGGUUUUAAAGGAGGACCUGGAGAAGUUGAUAGUCAUGCAAAAGCAGCAGCCUUGGUUUACUGAGGGGCAAAAGAAGGAGCUGGCAGAGGUGCACUCAUGGAUACGGACCCAGACUGUCCCACAACAAAUCAACACCCAAGGCUGUGUUACGUGUGACAUCAGGGAAGCGAGUCGUGAGGCUCCAAUGGCUGAUGACCAUAUGGAGGACAAGGGAAAAUCACCUCCACUCUUGCGAUGCUGAAGACUUCAGCACCUGUGUCAGUAAAACUGCUUGGUAUAAUUUACACUCUCUUUUCCUCUGGCUUUGCUACAUACAAGCAGUGGAUCUAUCCAGAUGUCUUUUCCCAACAUGAGCAGUCACAUGUGUGAAACUGUCUUUCUUCAUUACACCCCACCCUCAGCAUGAUUUUGAAGACCCUGGCUGGGAGGCGGUUUCCCUUCCUGACUUCACAAACUUGACACAGAAUGGGGUGUGUUUGUAACUUUUGAUCACUUGGUGAUAAGAAAAAUACAAAGUGGUUUUUUUCUUUUUUCUUUUAACUCGGCAGGUGAGAGUAUGAAAAGAUGCACUUGUUAAGAACCUACACUGAUGUAGCCCUAACAGAUCAGAGCGUGUUUAUGCUCCAGUAAAGUAGAUGUGUUAGUAGCAUUGAAUCCAUAAACCACAUAAUGCUCUUUAUUGUUAUUUCUUCAACAUUCAAAGGUCUAAGCUGAAGAUCCAAAUACUCUCAGGCUCUAAAAUCUCUGUAGCUGCUUCUGAAAUCCAGUAGGCUUGUUUAUGAGCAACUGAAAAUUGGCCAAGUUAUUCUGCAUCAAAAUGCCUUUUUCCAACUUGUGCCCUUCAAAAAAAAAAAAAAAAAAAAAAAAAACCUGAAGUGAGAAGAAGCAAAGUUAUUCCCUGUGUUUUCAUGUUAAGUAUAUUAGUACCAAAUUGUUUCAUAGCUUUUGCCUUUAAAGCUGUCUCUCUCAUGUUAGGUUUUAAAAAUUGAGAUAAUUGGUUUGCAAAUCCAUUCGAGCUUAUAUUUUAAUUCCUCCGUUUUGUUUCCAUUGUAUUGAUGCCAAAAAAGAGAUUAAACUUAAUUUCUUCUGCUUUCUUGAGAAGUCACGUAUCAUGGAGACAAACUUUGACAUCCAACUGCAUGUUUACUGUGUCUUAUCACUGUCAGCUUCCUGUACAAGUUUUAACCUCUUUCUUCUUGAAACUGGAGUCUCCAGCAGUUUGAAUCCAUGGAGAAAAACUAGGUUUAUGCAUAAAGUGUUUUUUUUCCCUUCAGAAAGCAGUAGUCACUUUCUCUUUCAGUAUGUCGUCUUAAGGCUUCUAGCUUAAUGGUUGAUGUUUCAAAGUGCUCUUCAAACAAGACACUCUUCACUCACUGCGAUCUGGUAAAUUUUGUCUGGCCUCCACUUUGUUUUUCAGAAGCUGGAUGUAGUAAUGCAGAUUUUUCCUGCUGAUAUUAUUAAUCACCUUAGCCUUCUAAACAGUUUUAGAAUGUAACACAUCAUCCACCUUUUUAUUCUGUUUAACCCUUCCUUUUCUGCUAUGUGAAGGUGUUCCUUAACAUUGAAGUUUAUUUCAGUUUCAUUUAGUAGCAAGCUUCAAGUAGUUGGGCAGUAAGUUAAGAAUAGUGGUUGAUCUGCAGAUGCUUGAAGGAAAAUGGUUUUGUUACUUUUUUUAAAUCAAUUCAGUGAAAAUCCUUCGUAUUAAAUUUGAUUUCAAGGGAAGUCAUUUUUAAAAAACUUAAGUUUCCAAGACUGACUAGACUCAGGCAGUGUCCUUCUGAUUUCUACAGUACGGUUGCCUGCUUUUGUACUUACUGUUUUAUACCCUUAAACUCCAUUUCUUUAUUUUGCUUUCAAUUACUUCAGUUUGAACCUUUUUUUCCUGAAGUGCUGCAAAUCAGCAGAGAUCCACAUAUUCUCAGUACUUUUGUGUGUUUGAAUUUUAAAUACUUUUUUAAAAUAAAAGACUCUGAUAGGUGCUUAAAUAUAGCAGUUUAUUUACCCCAGUAGGAAAAUCUGGUCAAUAUCUUACUCCCUUUCCUAUUUUUCAGCACUUCCCAGAUGUGGAAUGAUGCUUUAUUAACCCCACUGCCCAAAAGAUUUGCUCUGAAACAUUUAAUAAGAGGCUGUAUUUAUAUGUUCUUUUCUUAACUGGGAAACUUAUUAAUCAACUUUCCUGCCAGCUUAAACUGAUGCAAUUGAACCCGCUGUAGUUAGUUGUACUUUAAUUAAAGUGACCGCUUUAAUACAUCUUGAGACUUGGUGAAACAGAUUAAUUUGGACAUUCCAAGUAAGGAUAGCUGUCUUCCUCAAAAUAGUUUAGAAGUAUAAGCUAGAAGGAAAGUUUAAAUAAUCAACUCUCUUGCUGUAUGCUAUUUCCAAUGUAUAUUUGUUGAGGGGGGAGAAAAUGAGAUGGUUUAUGAUGUCUUAGGAGGCAUGCAUGUCCCCCAUUUUAUAAAAGAAUAGAGCUUAGUAUGAAAUGAUACACACCUAAUGCUCAAAUAGUACUUUUCAUUUAUAGGCCUGUAAACAUGUCAGAAAGAUGAGUAAGAAUAGUUAUCCCUGUUGUAUAAAGAGAUAGAUACACAAUGGACUUGCACACAUGCAUACCCCUAGUUCAUACCAAAAUGAGUAGAAUUCGGGGAUCUUCAGUCACUGUAUCCUGUUCUGUCUUUGCUACAGGUGUUCAAGAUUCUGACAUGUACAUAGAAACUUAAUUAUAUUAAAUAAUUUUUUAUUUGAGAAUGUUAACCCUUCCUGUACUAUGUACUACUCUGAAUCUGUGCCCAGUACAUAGCAACUGAAAUCCUAGACAGUGUUUAUAAUGCUGUGAGCGUUAUACUCUGAGACUGCAUAUAAUGUAGACUUAUGCUUCUGGGAGUUUCAAAGAUCCCGGCUAAAUCUUAGGUGCGAGAUUCCUUGCCUGGGGCUACACUAACUGUGGAUUACAGAAGAAAUGGUGUGGGAGAGGAAUACAAGAGGAAUGAAGAGGUAGAACAAUGCCCUCUGUGAAUAUGAAACUGAAAUGUAUGCCCAAGAAUGCACGCAGUCUUGAAUGGAAAAACAGAUUUAGGACAAAAACCUGCUUCCCAGGCUGCUCCUUACCCUACUGGAACUGCAACAUCUUGCAAUCAAAUGCCUUAUCUCAAGUCUUCUGGGAAGGACUUGUUAAAAACUUUGUUUCCAUAGUUUUCAGGAAUUGAUGGUUUUUACUUGAGCUUGUAUUAAUUUUCCAGUCUUUGUAGUUUGCCAGAAUAGUCUUAUGUGAGAUCCGUUCUGAUCUGAAAGACAAACAGAGUAAAUACUGCAGCCAUGUUUGUACACUUCAGUUUAGUUUAUAGGGCUUUGUUUUGCUUGCCAUAAUGAAAAUGUUGUAAAUGGUUUAGAGUUUCUUAGGUAGUCACUUUUUUAAUGUUCUAAAACUAAUGAUGUUGCUAUUGAUCAAAGGGAAAACACACAAGGACAGUAAUGGUGCAAUUACUACCCCCUGUGGGGGUAUCAGCAGUUUGGAAAUUCUUGGUGGAUUUGGCUGGCAAAAUUUUUUUUUUGUUGUAUUCAUAAAUGUAUGUUUAAGUUUAAAAAAGAAUGAGUUGAUGUGUAGAUGUUUUCAUGGCAUUGCUAUGAACAGGAGGGACCCCAGUUUAUAUCUGUAGCAUGUGGUUUAAAAAUUCACUGAAAAAGAAAUGUGUUGCUAAGCUUAUUCCUCAGCUGAAUUAGGUUUUAAAUUGCGAUUUGAAUGAUUUUUUUACAUCAGUUGAUAGGACUAUUUUGUUGAAAUAAUGUUCAGCUGUGGUUGAAUUUAAAGUUUUGAUUUUAACUGUAUAAUUUAAAGGAGGCUCUGUUUUUUAUAAAUAAAACCAGAAAAUACUGUGUGAAGAA